AGCUCGUGAAACGUGGUGUCUAAUUAAUUUAGGCUUUUUUCAGCCCAUAAUACCCUAGAGCCCAUUUUUAAGGGACCGUCUAAAUUAACCCAAAAUAGCAGCGAACCGUCGACCCACUCUGCAGAACCGACCCAUGUCCGUUUUCUUGUGCACUUGGCCAUUCUGCAAGCAAGAUGAUCAUGGCGGAAAGGUGGAGGUAUAAAAUCUGAAAUCUCGCACUCUCCUUGCCUUUUCUUCCAAGUCUUGUUUAGUCUUUCUGAGGAAGAUGGCGGAAUCAUCGGCGGCGGCGGCGGCGGCGGCAGCACCAAGGUCGGAUGCGGAGACGGAGGAGUUGCUGGAUCGAAUGCUCACUCGGUUGGCGCUUGAUACAGAUAAAAUGAAAGAUAGUAUCUGGAACCUAGAGCUGGGUUUGAUCGAAUCUAACGCCUGGGUUCCUUGGAACUCGACGCUAGGUUCAUCGAACCUAGGCUUUGGGAUACUUGGAACUAGGUGCCUGAAUUCGAUCGAAGCGGGGCUUGGGGUUCCUUCGAACCCAGGCUCUAGAUUCCUUAGAACUCGGCUUUGGGUUCUGAUGAACCCAGGCCCUGGGUUCCUUGGAACUCGACGUUGGGUUCGAUCAGGCCCUUGGAACCCAGGCUUUGGAUCAGCGCUCUGCGACGAUUCCAAACUCGAAGCCUUGCUCUCGAAGCUCCUCCCUCUCACCAUCUCCUCACUCUCCUCUCAGUCUCUAGCCGUCCGCAACAAGGUUCUUGAGAUCUUGAGUCAUGUGAACAAGAGAGUGAAACAUCAGCCUGAGAUUGGUUUGCCAUUGAUGGACUUAUGGAAAAUGUAUAGUGAAUUGAAUGCAUCUCCAAUGGUUAAGAAUUUCAGCAUCAUAUAUAUUGAGAUGGCAUUUGAAUGGAUAAAUUUAAAGGAGAAAGAAAAUAUGGCACCUAUGCUUUUGGCAAACAUUUCAAAGCUUCCUCAGCAGCACCAAGAGAUCAUCAUGAGGAUAGCUGUAAAGGUUAUUGGUGAAUGUCAUGCAAGUUGCAUUGAUGAGGAGGUUGCUGCAAAGUAUAGAGUAUUGAAUGAUCCUCAGGAGAGGGAGAUAUUUCUUGAAUUUUGUCUUCAUGUGAUUUUGUAUCAACCCCCAUCUCAAGGGGGAGGAUGCCCACCCGGCCUUUCACUUGCUCAGGCCAACCGUGUUAUGGGGAAGCUUCAAUUGAAAGGUGACCUGCUAAUGAUAAGAAAGUUGGGGAUCUUGAAUGUCAUUGAGACUAUGGAACUUGCUCUGGAACUCGUUUAUCCUUUAUACCUGGCUGCUUGUGCAGUCAAGAACCUGUUGUCAAAAGAGGGGAGGAGCUUCUAAAGAGGCAGGCUUCUACUACUAACUUAGAUUAUCCAAGGCACUACUGGUGCUGAAAAUGUUGCUUCAGAAUCAAGAGUUAGUCCUGGAAAUGCUUCCUUGAAGAUGAAACUAAUGGCUGUAUUUUGUUGGCCCACCACAGCUGCGGAUAGUUUCCCAUCAACCUUACAGUGCAUUUUUGGAUGCAUAUAUAGUACAUGGCACUGGCAUAUUCUUUUAACUAUGUGUUGAACUUCUCAAGAUUGGUAACAUGCAUAACAUACCUUCAUUUUAGCAGUUUUAACUCCUAUGGAAAAAAAUAUAUGUUUUGGGUGUUAAAUUAAGCAAACACUUACUUUCAUUGUGAAAAGCCAGAGUCAAGUAUAAUGCUCUUAUUAGCUCCAUGUUUGAGGAGACAAACAUCUGAAAAUGUAAUUAUAGUUAAUCGUGGUCUUUAUGUAGCAAAUCCAUUCCUAAGCUUUAGAAAAUUCCACAUGCCGACUCCUUAUUUUGUUUGUACAAUAUUCUGGGAUCUGAUUGGGAGUGGAACCAGUUCAAGGUUGAAGCAACUGGGGAUGGAGUUUACUGUCUGGGUCUUUAAACAUGCAAAAUUUGAUCAACUGAAGCUCAUGGGUCCUGUGAUACUUAAUGGGAUUCUGAAGUUACUUGAUAGCUACUCUAAUUCAGAAUCAGAUUCAAUUGCAAUGGAAACCAGAAUAUUUUGUUUUCAAGCAAUUGGCUUGCUGGCACAGCGCUUGCCUCAACUUUUCAGGUGUUUAAUCAAUCUGGUGUGGUUUCUCCUGGUUCCAUCCUGUUUUUUCAGAUUGAAAUUUGAAUAAUCAAAUCACUGUUUUUCCUAAUCUGAGAUACAAAAUUGACAUGGCCAUUCUUCUUUUUGAUGCACUAAAAGUAGAAGUCCAGUCUGUUUGUUUUAUCAUUCAAGAGGCAACAAAUUCACUUGCAGCUGCGUACAUGGGAGCUUCUUCCACUGUGUUGAUGGAUUUGGAGACUCUGCUGCUGAGUAAUUGUCGAGUGGUUUUCAAGUUUGCCACUCUCUUGGUGGAGGAACGGGUUCUGGGAUGGGAACUUUGCUGAUUUCUAAGAUCAGGGAAGAAUACCCUGACAGGAUGAUGCUUAUCUUCUCUGUUUUCCAUCGCCAAAGGUUUCAGACACAGUGGUUGAGCCUUAUAAUGCCUCCCUUUCUGUUCAUCAGCUUGUUGAGAAUGCUGAUGAGUACAUGGUACUGGAUAAUGAGGCCUUGUAUGAUAUCUGUUUCCGGACUCUGAAGCUAACCAGCCCCAGCUGUAAGUAUUAACAUAUUUUGCUUAAAUAAUUGCCUAUCAAUUUGAUUUGAUAGGGGAUGGUAGAUCAGGAUAUUUUCUGUUUUUUCUUGCAUAAACGAGUUUUCUAGUA